AGGUGCAAAGGAAUGGCGAAAAAGUGUGCACCGCGAAUGAGACAUAAUUAUGAAGUAACACCGGGAGUUAUGCGAUUUUCCGCUGCACGAAUGUAUGCAAAACGUGGUGCGUAUGCCAAGAAACCAUACCCUGCUGUCGAGAAAAAAAUAGAGCGCAAAACAAAAUUUAUUGUGAAACCGAUUGGGGGCGAUAAGAAUGGUAAAGAACGGAAAGUCUUCAUCAAAAAGCGACCAAAAUACGUGAAAGAAGGUAGAACUACCCGGCGAGCAAAACGGUCUCCGAAAAAAACAGUACUACGACGAUCAAUCACUCCUGGUACCAUUCUAAUUAUACUCGCUGGACGUCAUAAAGGAAAGCGUGUCAUCUUUCUGAAGCAGCUGGAAAAAUCGGGCCUCUUGCUUGUGACAGGUCCGAUGAAGCUGAAUUCUACUCCAUUACGACGCAUAGCCCAGGCUUUUUUCAAAAAAGCACCUAAAAAAGGCGAUGCCAAUAUAUUUGCACAAGGGACAACUGAAUACACUGUGUCGGAUCAGAGGAAAGCAGACCAGAAAGCUGUAGAUAGCGUGGUGUUGGAAGUGAUUCGGGAACAUCCAGAAAAGAAAUAUCUUUUUGGUUAUUUGGGCUCCAGAUUCGCGCUGGGCAAAAAUCAGUUCCCUCAUCAGAUGUUGUUUUAA